UAUCCUAUCCAAUUCCAGGCCAGAUCCGUCAGCAGGCAGUCGAGCAGGGGACUCAUCUACCUCUACCCAACCCCAACACAUCACAGUUCAAUCAGACUACAAAAUCAUCCCUCCCUUCAAAGCUAGAUCAUAACUCUCUCUCCCUCUCUUGAAUGGGGACUCCAUCUUCUCUUUGUACAAGUCAAGCUCUAAUGUCCCGUCCAUCAAGGGCAGCCAUUUUUUGCACUAGCGGGUCUGUUUCCUUCACUGGGUUUUCUCUAAAGACUCAAGCUUUUUUUAGAAAGAAACAGACUUUGAGGUUUGUGAAGGCUUCUGUUGCUGUUGAACAGCAAGCCCAGGAAGCUAAACUUGCUCUCAUUAGAAUUGGCACCAGAGGAAGCCCGCUUGCACUUGCUCAAGCUCAUGAGACACGGGACAAACUCAUGGCUUCACAUGCGGAGCUAGCUGAAGAUGGAGCUAUCCAAAUUGUGAUUAUAAAGACAACGGGAGAUAAGAUACUAAGUCAACCACUUGCAGACAUAGGUGGAAAGGGACUGUUCACAAAAGAAAUAGAUGAGGCACUGAUAAAUGGUGACAUUGACAUUGCUGUCCACUCAAUGAAAGAUGUUCCUACAUAUUUACCAGAGAUGACCAUCCUCCCCUGUAACCUUCCACGUGAGGAUGUUAGAGAUGCAUUUAUUUCAAUGAGUGCAACUUCGCUUGCAGAUCUUCCUGCUGGUAGCAUCGUUGGUACUGCUUCCCUCAGAAGAAAGUCACAAAUACUCCAUAGAUUUCCAUCGCUCAGUGUGGAAGAAAAUUUUAGGGGCAAUGUUCAGACAAGGCUGAGAAAACUUAAUGAAGGAGUUGUAAAGGCAACACUAUUGGCAUUAGCUGGACUUAAGCGUCUAAAUAUGACGGAAAAUGUAACUUCCAUUCUUCCAAUCGAUGACAUGCUUCCCGCAGUUGCCCAAGGUGCAAUUGGAAUUGCCUGUCGAGACAGUGAUGACAAAAUGGCUAAUUAUUUGGCUUCGUUGAACCACGAGGAAACAAGACUAGCAAUUGCAUGUGAGAGGGCCUUUCUUGAGACCUUAGAUGGGUCCUGCCGCACUCCUAUUGCUGGAUAUGCUAGAAGAGAUGAAAAUGGUGAUUGCAUAUUUAAAGGGUUGGUUGCUUCUCCUGAUGGAACUCGCGUACUCAAGACUUCUAGAAAGGGUCCGUAUGCUUUUGAUGAUAUGAUUGCAAUGGGAAAGGAUGCUGGAAAGGAACUUCUUUCACAGGCAGGUCCUGGAUUCUUUGACCGAUGAGGAACUCAGUAAUAGUUUAACCAAGAACAAAAGCAAAACCAAGGCUUUACGUUCCAGUUUUAGGGCAACCACUAAACCUUUUUAAUGUUCACAUUCUUUGAAGUAAUUGCCUGUUGUAACAUUAAGGUUUGGUUGUUUGAGUACUGUAAAGUAGAUGAGUCUGUUCUACCGCUGACGCCAGAAGGUGACGCUAAUGUAUCUUCAGAAUUAAUAGAAUUCGAAAUUUUUGGUGCUCU